AUGUUAGAAAAUCCGGAAAUAAUCGGUGAAAGAGGAGAAGAGGAGGCAAAUCCUUUAGGGUUAUAUGAAGGUGAACGAAAUGAAAAAGGGGACAGACACGGCCGUGGCAAAGCUUUGCUUCCAAAUGGUGAUAUGUACGUCGGUCAAUAUUGCAAAGGAUUGAGACACGCUCGAGGCUUGUACGUGUUUAAAAACGGCGCUCGAUACGAUGGCGAAUGGCGGCAAGGUGUAAAAUACGGCCAAGGAACAUUUUGGUAUCCUGAUGGAACACGAUACGAGGGUAAAAAAAUCUCGUGUUCCGUAGGCGAAUGGAAACGCGACACAAAAUAUGGUUUUGGCGUGUAUUACUACAUAAAUGGGGACGUUUACGAGGGAUCUUGGAAGAAAAAUCUUCGACACGGUAUGGGAUCUUACCUUUACGCCAAUACGAAUACAAAAUUUAUGGGUACGUGGAUUAAGGAUCGCAUGCAAGGACCUGGACAGUUAAUUCAUCCCCGACAUCGAUUCCACGGAUUUUGGGAACUCAAUUUGCCUUAUGGUCGAGGAUGCUUUACUUUCGAAAAUGCUUGCAUGCAACAUGGACACUAUGUGCACAUGAAAGAUCCUGAUUAUGAUGAGACAAAGGAACCUACCGAGGAAGUAGCAGAACCACCAUCACCAGAACCUACUGCGAUAGAAACUGAAGCAGAAACGGAUGUUACAGGGACCGAGAUUACAAAACCGGAAGUUAAACCUGAACCUUUUGAACCACCUCGUUUGAAGAAAGGUAUUAUUGCGUUGUGGCGUGCGCGUUGUAUCACACCGUACAAUCCUGAUUUAUUACCACCUGAACCAGUACCAUUGCAAGAGGAGAUAUCUAUAGAUUCACUAAUAGAUAAGUGUUCAGAGGAUUUAUCAAUAGUACCAGAACAAUUCUUGAAAUAUGAAGAUGAAUAUGAAGGUGAAGGGGAAAUCUAUUAUGAAGAAGAUUAUCCUAUACCAUCUCCUAAAAUAACUUAAUUAGAAGAAUCAAAUAUGAACAUAAUUUCUUUCCUAAUACGUUAAUUCGAAGAAUUAAGAAGAAAAAUUAAAUAUUUAUAUG